AUGUCCCAACCACAACAUCCACCCUCUCCGCUGUCGUCUCUUCCUCCAACAAACACACCUCCCCCAGCUCCAGACAUGACAGAAACGCAGAAGCUUCCUGUCUUCCCACCGCCAGGAUUCUUGGAUUUCCCUCACAGACGCCUACCCCCGCCUAUCCAGCUCAAGCAGCUAGAAAUUCCACCCGACCCUGUACCACCACGGACGGACUACCAUUUUCGCUCACCCGUCAAUCAUCUACCUUCCAUCCAACCAGGGCCCUAUCAGCGGCACGAGCACCAACAACCAUACGCGGCACGCUACAGACCGGCAGCGCCUGUCAGCAAGCUACUCCAUCACCCUGACUCUUACACACCACCUCGGUCGGAAGCGCCCUACUCUCCCCAGCAUUACGCGCCGCCAUCUCCUCGCUCGCAAUACGACAACAGAGACCCAAGGCGGCUGAACGAGCAACGCUACUUGUCCUACGAGGAACCCCGGUACACGCCUCACGCACCACACGAGCAGCCAUACUCGUCCCUUGCGUCUCCCAUCGAGCCCUCACAGCAAAGGCACUAUGCCCCGCCGCUCCCGUCACCUGGAUACACGCCAAGCUACGCCUCGAGCAGCACAUUCCGUGGGUCGGUGGGCUCCUAUUCGCACUCGCAGCGAGGAUCUGUGGCAGCUCCCUUGGUGUCGGUAGCGUACCCUGAACCCAAUGCAGCUGGACCUCCGCCGCGGAAAGAGGUUCGUGCGGUCCCACUCCCUGGGUCCAUACCACAGCCUGUCUACAACGAGCAACUGAACCUAAACUUUGAACUUCGUGUGCGACAGCAGCCCGUGGCGGCCAGAGCGUGUGGGUUUGGAGAGCGUGAUCGACGGGUGAUUGAUCCUCCACCCAUCAUCCAGCUGCUGGUUACGGACCCAAAAACCGGCAUUGCCGAACAAGAAGAGCUCCGAUACUCGCUUAACGUGGUGCAUUGCACGUUGUGGAAUGCCGACGGAACCAACGAGGAGACGGCGCUCAUACAGCCGGAUCGACGAACCACGCGCAGACUCAUGGGCCAGCUGGUAGCCUCGCCCUCUGUCGCCAAGGAUGAACACGACCACGAAGGGUGCUUCUUCUGCUUCCCUGACUUGUCGUGUCGCACGCAUGGCAGAUACCGACUUCGCUUCGUUCUCAUGCGUAUCGAUCCUAUGAAUCUGCACGUGGGAGGGUCUUCGCCCAUACUGACAGAAGUCAUGAGCGACGUCUUCACGGUGUAUACAGCCAAAGACUUCCCUGGCAUGCGCCCGAGCAGUGCUCUCACCAGGGCUCUCAAGCUGCAGGGCUGCAACAUCCAGGUGAAGAAGGGCAACGAAAAGGCUCUUGCUCGCAAACGUCUCACGGCUAGCCAAGAGCACGACGAGGACGAGGAGAUGAAGCGGCGCCGCAGAAUGUGA